AUGUUAGCUUUAGGUCAAGCUUCCUGCCUUGUCCUUGGAUACAAACCCAAUGAUUCAGAAGAGAGAAAAAAUGCAAAAGAACAUCUAGAAAAAAAUGGCUUAAUUGCAGUACACGUACGUAAUCAUGAUCCUUUUCAACCGGUGGCCAUUGGUAUCAAUGUACACGAGCGACAUCCCUUCAAAUUCAUAAGUUAUCCCGAUUCUCCAACAAUGCCACCUACAGAUUUACCUGAUAACAUUGAUGAUCACGAUGGCAACGACAACAACGGCAAUAACGACGAUAGCAACAGCAGCAUCUAUAAAAAUAAUAAUAGCAACAGCAGUAACAAAGACAGGUCAGAAAAACGGAAGCUUUAUGACACGGUUAUACCAUUCUGCAAGGAUCGUCUGCGGAACCUAAUGAAAGAAAUUGCCACCGAUGAAAAUCCUUUGAAUGACAAUUGUUAUUCCAAACAAUUCUGUUGUGAACAUAUAUGA